AGUCGAAUGGUCAGCUCAAUGGUGUCGGUAGCUCCGGAACUACGGGACUACACCAUUCUCACCAUUCAUUGCACCAUCCUCAUGCCCAUCUACACCAUCACCAACAGCACCAGCAACAGCAGCAACAGCACCUGCAUCAUUCUCUGACGCACCAUCUGCCGCAUCACAGUCUUGUCGGUGGUGGUGGGGGUGCUACCGCUGCGAUAUCCGCCGGCGGAGCCAGUGUGUCGGCCAUGAACGGUGGUGUCACCAGUAAUGGUAUCGCUAGUAAUCACGGUAGUAGCAGCGCCACGAGCAGUAGCAACAGCAGCAACAGCACCGUUGCCGGUGGGAUUACCUCAAACACAAGUUCACUCACCGGAUCAGCGGUGACCGGUGUGGUGAACCAGCGUAGCAAGGAGUAGUGCCGAUGGGAGCAGCAUCGUGAAUGUUUCACUGGACUGUUAUGCUCCGAAUGGCAGGUCACUUGGUGGGUACCGACAAGGAUGCAACAUCUGUAGCGAUAGCUUCGGGAGAGAUGCUUCCGUUUGCCAUCCACCAAAUCGUUAUCUUGUUGAUUGGCAUUUGCAAACAUUGAACCGAAUGAGGAUCAGAAGGAUGACACUCGGAAUACACUCUAGCGACCCUGCCGGAAGGAUAGGUGGGGGUACCGUGGAGCGUGGUUGCAGGAGUUUCUUAACAUCUGUUAAGCCAACCAACCACAUUUCGUAGGCAUCGUCGUUUUGGGAUGAAAUAUCCAGCUCUUUAAUGGAUUUGAUGGUCAUUUUGAAUUUUCCCCCUUCAUAUUACAAAUGCAACGGUGGGUUUGCGCUAGUCCAAAGCAAAAGUGAACUCAGCGUCAACCACCACCGUUAAUCACACUAGUACAUCGAGAUGUACUCCUGCUUCCUGACCCACCCCUCUCCCUUUUUAUUGCUUCUUCUAUGAAGAUUACUCAUUACAUUCCCCGCCCACGGUCAAAAUUCAGAUAUUCCUUCUAUGAAUGAUAAAUAUUCCCCAUUAAUUUUGGAGUCACAUUUUUAGGACGCUUGCCACCAUCAGUUGGGUCGUCUUUUUGUUGUUUUUUUUUUCUAAGGGAAUAGACCCGACGAAGGAAUCACCCGGUCGUGUUGUACGAUCAUGCAAACGAAGCCCAAACUUGCUAAUCGAAGCAAGCUCGCAACCGAUGCCGUGGACACGGGCAUAGCAGGCGUUGAAUUGCGUUUACAGUGUUUGGCUUCGCUUCGGUUAGAGGAGCAAGGCUCAACUGGCUGCUGCUGGCACUGCUCGUCAGCUUGCGCUUACGCUGCGAGGUGUGCUACGAUGCUAGGAUUAGGAUAUGCACCGCUUUCACCGGCGGCUGCUGCUGAUGUGAUGGAUAAUUAUUUGUUUUUCUUUUAUUACGAUAAACUAUUAUUAAUAAUAUUGAUUAAUAUUAUUUUGUACAUAGGAACACAAAACAACCCCCCCGCCCCCCAACUCCCCUUAAAUCGCAGGACAGUGCGGAGUAUGUUAGCUUUUUCGAUAGGCAUUACGAUGGUCAAGCGGAUGAGAACUGAGUAACCGCGAGCAGCGUCCGUAUGUGUGUGAUUGUGUGAUUUUAGUGCGUUUUGUUUUGUAAAACGUUUGCCGAAAACACGCAACACCCAAAAGCUACUGCUAAUGCAGCUGCUCCUCCUCCUCUCGCCCAUCACUGGCGUUUGCAAUAAGAACAGAGGUAUAGAAGUGAACAGUCAGGAUUCCUUAAAACGGCAAAAAUAGUAACUAAGUAGUGGUAGGAGGACAGGCAGGACGGUGGGGGUUGUCUUGGGAGGGGAAAACACGAAAAAGGACACAGCUCUUUUUUUGGGAGGGUCUGGUGGAGCAAAAGAAUUUGUAUAAUAAAGUUGAAUAAUGAUGAUGGAAAAAUGUGGCAGUUCGUGUUUGGCCCACUAUAUACCAAGAACACACAGCAAACUAUAGCUCAUGUCGAGCCGGUGGUCGGUUGGGAAACAGAUGAUUUAGAUGUAGUAGAGCUUUAAUAAGUAAAACCGAAGAACCGCGCGAAGAAAACCAUGGCUUGCAAAAGGGCGAUAAGGAAGGAGAGAAGCAAACAACAAAAAAAGUGUAAAUAAGAUAACAAACAAAACUAAACCUAAACCAACUACUAACCGCGGGCUUCGUCGUUGCUUUGGCCAUGAAACGAAAGGAUGGAAGGUGAGCAAGUCCGCAGGCGCCACCAGUUCUUCUUCUUUCUUCACGCAUCGUCUGCGCCUACUAAUUUAUUUGAACUUGUCCAGCCCAUUUGACGAUCGUGGUUGGGUUGGCGUUUUGAAGAUGCCGUAAAAAACCUGGAUUGGGCUUAGGUUAACCUGCAUACUAAACACAAACGCAUAUGGCGACAGUAAUAACAUCUCGCCUUGCCAUUUCGAAUCUUGAGAUCAAACGAAGAAGUGUGUAGCCGUUAUUCUGUGGUGCCUGGUGUUCACAUUUUGGUGGAACCUUUUUUUCUUUUUUUCUGCUUCUUA